AUGACUUCAUUUGGAGCCCUCUUAGUUACAGUAUUCUAUAUGAAUAAUCUUUAAGUUUGCUAUGAAUUAUUAGAUGAUAGCUAUAGGACUUUUCUUCUUAGGUUUUGGAGGUAAUCCAACAAUUACUGUACAUUAUUCAUUUAUUAAUGAACAUUCCUGUAAUUUAAUUAUAUCAAAGAUUUUAUAUAGAGGGUAAUUUUAGAGAGGUCUAAAAUGUUGGUGUCUAAGUGUUUUUUGCAAUUGGUGAAUUUGCUAUUAUAGCAUUAGCAUAUUUUAUUACUUAUUGGAGAUGGUUAGCAGUUUCAGUUGCAAUACCAUCUAUUUUAUUAAAUAUUGGUAACCUUUUGAUAUUUGAAUCUCCUUAAUUUUUAUAUACAAAAAAUAAGAAAAAAUGUGUAAAGAUUCUAAAUUAAAUUGCAAAAUUAAAUGGAACUUAAUAUAUAAAAAUAGAUGAUUUGGCAACUAAUCCAUAAACAAAAGAGAACAAUUCCAGGGUAUAUUCUAUUUUGGAUUUAUUAAAAUAUAAAUCCUUAAGGUAUGUAUUUUUUGCAGGAGUAAUGAUGUUUUUUGCAAUAAAGGUGACAUAUUAUGGAAUUAGUUUUGUAAGUGAUUAGUUAGGUCUCAAUUUCUUCACUACUAAUUUCAUUAUUGCUUUCUUUGAACUCUUAGCUUUUGCUACUUUAGGUAAUAUAUCUACAUAUUUUUAGAUUUUUUUAUUACAAAAUUGAAAAGAAAAACAAACAUUAUAAGUGGGUUCUUUAUUGUAGGAUUUAUGAGCUUAUAUUUCCUUUUCUAAAGUGAUCACAUAGUAUUUCGAAUCUUCGAAGGCAUUUUGGCAGGAGUAUAUUUAUUAUAUAAUUGUAAUAGUUAAUGAGAUUUCUAAUAUGUGCAGUUUGGGCUUUGGGUUAUAUUUAUGUGUCUGAACUAUUUCCUUCUGUUGUUAGAUCUUUAGCCUUAUGUUUAAUAUCAGCAGGCGGAUCUUUUGGCAGUAUAGCUUAAGCAUUUUUAAGUAAUUUAUGCUCAUCUCUUAAUGUUCAUCCUAUGGUUGCUUUUGGGAUCAUUUGUGUUUUAUGUGCUUUACUAUUGUUUCCAUUAAGAGAAACUUUACAUUAGCCUUUGAGAGAAAAAAUCGAAGAAGACUAAACUCGUAUUAGAUCAAGUAUGCUUCAUAUAAACGAUUCAGAACAAAUUACAUCACCCUUACAUGAUACAUGA